CAAAACGGGUCGUCUGCGCGCUUCGGCGACACUCGGUUUUUCUUGGUCGGUGGAGUGGCAAACCGCGCUAGCUUCGGCUGCCCCCACGCUUUACUCUGCUCUGUAAUUGACCACUCGCAACCCAUAAACCACCAAUGACUAUAUUUCCGUCCAAACUGUCUCCCAAUGGCAUCAAGUGUUUGCCACUGUUUCUUCGCGGCACCGUGGUAAAAGGUUUCGGUCGAGGCAGCAAGCAGUUGGGCAUACCCACCGCCAACUUCUCGCAAGAGCUUGUGUCGAAAAUCCCGGCCGACCUGGAUUGUGGAGUGUACUACGGCUGGGCUUCCGUCAAUGACGGGCCCGUCAACAAGAUGGUGAUGAGUGUUGGCUGGAACCCGUACUACAAGAAUGAGAAAAAGUCUAUGGAAACUCACAUCAUGCACAAGUUUGACGAAGACUUCUAUGGAGCCGUGCUCAAAGUUGUGGUGCUGGGCUUUCUGAGACCUGAAAAGAACUUCAGCUCUCUAGACGAGCUAAUUUCGGCCAUCAAAGCAGACAUACGGAAUGCCGACGAAAACCUCGACCGUGAGGAGUGGCAGCAAUACAAGAGCCACAAGUUUUUCUCUGAGAACAUUGCUAAUGGCACUGACGUCGUGCGACAGGAGACGUGAUCCUGGAAUUCUUAGAGAAAUUUUACAAUUGUCCCCACCACCGUUUUCUUACGUUCCUUACCGCGACAAUGCACACUAACUUAUUUGUAUCAUUUCUCUCAUCGCCUGUCCAAAAUUCAAGCACAUUCCUCAUCCCCGGUGUAGUGCAUUUAUAAAAAUGUAUUUGUUGCGAAUGUGAGUGGGUUAGUAUUGCAAGACUCUUUGGCCUCCUCUUGAAGAGAUUGACUCUGAGCAGGUACAAGAAUGGAAAGUGCCUACAGAAAUAUUGCACCUAAUUUGCCAGCUUUCUGCAUCGAUUGUCUCCAUAGAAACUAAAUUAUUUGCAUCAUUUCUUGUUGUUCGUUCAGACUCAAACAUAAAUGAUAAAGCAUCUAAAUAAUGCAUUUGAGAACUUCUUUCUAAACGCAGGUUUAGUAAGAUGCUUCCUACUGUUAGUAUAUAUUGCAUUUGAACAAGUGAUUAUUUAGAAACAGUAUUUAAAUCCUAGGUUAUGAGUGGAAGCAUGCAUUUUUUUCAAACACCGGUGUUACCUAUGCUAUGUUGAAAGAAGCACUCGAAAGUGCUUUAGUGUCACUGUCCGUUUUUGCCUUCCACUGUUGUCUAGGCCAACAAUAUGCGAGAGGGAACUAACUGCAGAUGCAGUCGUAAAUGCUGUGUUGUGUGUGGAAGUUUCAGAGCAGUUAGAAGGCUAAGGUGCUAAAUUGUCAGUGUCAUUCUGCUAAUUAAUCUGCCCUGAGGAAGCUUAGCACAUCAUGAUUCAGCCCAUGAUGACGAGAAAUUGGAUGUGUUAAGACAAAAAAUUAAACAUCGAGAUUGCAAUGGUGAGUUUUACCAGCCAUGACUGAACACAGUUCCACUGCCAUUGCAAUGACCUCAACAUGCAAAGAUAAGCCAGGCGAUGCUCAUAUGUUGUGCGGUGCCCUUCUAUUUCACGUUCAGUCAAGAUAUUAAACCUUGCGAGUGCGUUCCCUCAUGCUGCAUAGGAGCGCACUGAGUAAAAUAGUCAACUUUGGAGGUUAAUUUCUUAUUACUGUCAUGGUUGACAUGCAAGUACUCUCAUGUAAAUUUCCCAUGCUUUUUAAUUUUGAAAUUAUGACUAUCAAAUUCCAAGUGACUGUGAACAUUUCCAAUGAGCUGUACCAUACUUUUUAUGCCUGAAUUGGAUGGCGCUUUAUUUAAAUCAUUUCUGCGAUUGUGAAAAAAUGUUUAUGUAUUUGAAAAAGUUUACUAAUAAUUUUUUUGCAUUAUUAGUUAAUAGCUAUUUAAUCAUCUUGAGCUUCUACUUGCUGCAUGGAAUCGAUCCUGUAAAGUUAAGGUAAGCAUGUGUGGUAAAUUUUGUGGCAGAGUAAGAAGUUUGCUGACAAUGCAAUUGAGAGCUUAUUAGUUAUACAUCCAUGACAGGAAUAGCAGCUUACUGAUGUUGUUGAAGGGAAGGCUGAAUAAUGAAUACAUAUGUCCAGUGCUAAGUUACGGGGUCAAAAAAAGCUUAAAAAGUAUGAAAAGAAAUUGAAAAAGAAGUCAACAUAGCUAAGAUAAUGUUAACACGAAAAAACAUCAAGUCAGCAGUAUUAGUGAGAAAAGAAUUGCCAGUAUCCAACAUCCCGGUGGAUAUUUGGGAUAUGAAGCAGAGUUGUUCAUUUCUUGUAGUUUACAAAGCCGGUUAUUUAUUUGUUGGGAUUAACACAAGAGGAGGAUAACACUGUUGAGGGCAGAAGAAACCUUAACAAUUAGAGACAAUGUGAAAACAUCGCAGGAGGAAGAUAGCUAGCACGUGACGAGUGAUUCACUACCCCUGGAAAAAAGCAAUUGUGCUGCAUCGGGCUUAUGCAGGCCGAUUGUGAUUGUAGUCUUUCAGCUUGCCAUGAAAGCUCUGCAGAAACAAUGACGAUUCACUGUUGAGGUAGCAGCAGGGCAGGCAAGCUUAGCAUAAGCAUGCUACUGUACAAAGCAAGCUUCACGACUUGACAAGUGCUGCUUUCAUUUUAUUUUUGCACUCAUGUAAUUUAAAUAAGGUACUUGUUACACUUGUUCAGUAGAACUCUGCUAGUACAUUCCUUACUCAUAAGUUAUAUUGGUUACGAUGUUGCUGAAGCCUAUGAGAAGGCAGCAGGUUUGUGUCGCAUGUCAUCUGUACAUUACGACGAUGUGUUAGGUUCUACUGCAAUCGUUAGCCGAUUUUUUAUGUUGUAGUGUGUCUUGUGGGAUCAAGGUGUCGGGUGGCCUUUUCAAGCACAUGUGCUCAAUUUGUUAAUUUAUUCGCAUCUUUGGUUUCUCUGCUUCUUUCAAUUGUCGUACAAUGUUCAGAGCGGUCUUGUUGUGUCAGCGUUCUAUCGUUUUGUAGAUGCAAGCUUCUGAGAUUCCAAUGUUUUACUGGCGAGAUGUGGGCACUCAAACUCAUUUUUUAUCACGCAAAUCUAGCAUCACCAUUGCUGUUGAGCAUCACUUUUGGGCAGUGUCAUGUGUUUUAUUGGAAAUUCCUGAUGUGCUAUCUUUUAAUUCUAAUGCAUGAAAAGGCCCACCUUGGUGCAUUUACAAAGAGAUCUGACCUAUUGGCACUACUUUAUUUUUUUAUAUGUAUCGAUUCAAAUGCAGUUAUUUUAAUAAAGGAGUUACAGUUGCGUG